UCGUUUCAGAAGGUGAAAUCUGGCAACCCUGUAUUACCAGAUUCAGAAUUUGUCGCCUGGUCAGGAGCUGGGUCUAGAUUGAUGUUUCUCCGUGGGCACGGCUGACAAAACAAUCGACUGAAGUAAACAAAGGGCGUCAGAAUAAUGUCGGCAAGUGACAAUGACUCUGUCGACUUGACAAGAGCUGGCUCCCCCGGUACUCACAGAAAAAAAUACAGCAUGGAGUCAUCCAAAUCUCCCAGAAGCUCCAAACGACACCAUUCACGGUCAAGGUCACGCUCCAGAGACAGAAAACGUGACAGAAAAUACAGACGGAGUCGCAGCAGGAGCAAAGAGGCACGAAAGAAAGACUUGGAGAAGCCUGCAAAAUCACACAAAAAAUCAGAUGAGCAGCACGAGCAAGAAAGACUGUCAGUAGAGAAUGGAGAGGAGCGAUCCAGACGCAAAGAUAAGAGGUCAUCCAGGGGGCGGAGUUUGUCCAGGUCACAAUCACGAGAAAGGCGGCAUCACAGCAGAAGCAAGGACAAACGACGAUCGCGUAGCCGUGACAGGAAGAAGAAAGCCAGGUCUCGUUCAGGCUCCAGGUCCAAACACAAGCAUCACAGCAGGAGUCGCAGUAAAAGCAGGGAGAGAAAGAAAAGGAGUGAGAAAGUGCGCAGAAAGAGUCGGAGCCAUUCUGCAACUUCACCAAACUUCCGGGGCCGAAACACAGCUAUGGAUGCACAAGAAGCUCUGGCCAGAAGACUGGAGAGAGCCAAAAAACUGCAAGAGCAGAAAGAAAAGGAAUUGUUGGAGAAACAACAGCAGCAACAGCAGGAAAUAGCUGCAGUUGCAGCACCUAUUGCAGCUGCUGCAGCUGCUGCAGCAGCCGCUUCAAACCCUGCCCUCAAUGUGGCAGCGCUCCUGGCCUCUGGGACGCAGGUCACGCCUCAGAUUGCCAUGGCAGCACAGAUGGCAGCCCUUCAAGCCAAAACACUGGCAGAGACUGGUAUUGCUGUACCCAGCUACUAUAACCCAUCUGCUGUUAACCCCAUGAAGUUUGCAGAGCAGGAGAAAAAGCGGAAGAUGCUAUGGCAAGGAAAGAAGGAUGGAGACAAGUCCCAGACAGCUGAGCUGUGGGAGAAGUUGAAUUUUGGAAAUAAGGACCAAAAUGUUAAAUUUCGCAAACUCAUGGGUAUCAAAGCAGAUGAGGAUGGGGAAGCUUCAAAACCACUUAAUGAUGAUGGCUUGAAGACAUUACAAAAGCAAGAGGAGAUGUUCAGGAAUCUGGAUGUUCAGUACGAGAUGGCCCGGUCACAGACACACACCCAGAGGGGAAUGGGUCUUGGAUUCUCCUCUUCCUUUUCUCGUGGAAUGGAUUCUGUCUAGUGCCAAACACUGGCUGUCAUGGCCACUCAUCUGAUCAUUUAGGGCUUCCUGCUCAUCACUAGCCCUUAAGCUUGCAUGGAUGUUGGUCUGGAUCUGUAAAUUAUUUAUAGGCAAACAUCGCACAUAUUGAGACCUUGUAUAAAUAACAAGAUGCUGAGUUUGUCCCAGCAUUUAUUAAUCUGUACAUCUUUGAAAAAGGAUGCAUCAGUUUCACUGGUUGAUGCAGGUCAAAACUAAAUAUUUGUUUGAAUAAUGUGGUAGUUUUUUUCUAUUUUGACUCAAAUAUAUAUAUUGAUAUGUGAUUGUUUGAACAUAAACUAAAUAUAAUGUGAUUCAAGUGAACACUGUUUACAUCCAUUUAGCAAAGGCAGCUGACAUCAGUAUAGAAUAUCAGAAUCCCUCAUUCAUUUCUCCUAACCAAGCAAUGGGUUAUGAUAUGUAUUAAAAGACGAUUUGCUUUAUUGUCCCUGAGGAGAAAUAAGAUUUGGGCAUCAGUGCUGCUCACAGUGGCAUUGUUGUCUACAGGAUUAGUAUGGCAAUGUAUGGGGGGGAAUCACAUAUUUCAAAUGUCCUUCAAAUAAAUUAGUUUAUGUUGAAU